UAUCACUGUGUGUGUAGCAGAUGGCCAGGCUGGGAUGUCAGUAGUUGUCAGAUGGUGAGGGUUUCAGUAGUCGCAGAUUCUCAAAGUUGUUUUCUGGCCCGUUUUGUCCAUUUUAACAGUUUAUUCAUCAAAACCAUAGAGAUCUUUACCUAAUCUUCUACACUUGCUUGGGGAAAAAGGUUUAUUACUCAUUUCAUAACACUACUUGUAUGUGGACUGUGUUUCAGGAUGUGCAUUUGGACUAAGGAUUUUAGGGCUACAUGCAAUGAACAAUACAGGAAUGCAUUCCCUGUGAAGAUGUACAAGGACAACAUGUAAUUCGGCUAAUUCUCCAUUUUGGGUAUUAACUCUUGAUCCACAAUGACAGACCCCUCGAUGUUGGUGACAGAGGGGGUGAUUCCCACAGUGGUGUCAACACACAGCUGUGUUAUGGAGGUCAGGAAGAAUUAUGAGGUCAUUCCUUCAAUAGCCUGCACCGUGUGCUUUAUACUAGGGACUCUCUACUGCUUCUGUGGAUACCGCUGUUUUAAAUUAGUAAUGUUCCUGUCUGGGCUGGCAUUUGGGACUGGCAUAGGCUACCUGCUGUGUCUCCGAGAGCAGCUGCUGGACUCACCGCUGGACGCAGAGACACGGGCAGGCAUCUCUCUAGGCGUUGGCUUACUGGGAGGAUUGGUGAGCAUAUUAGUGCGUUGUGUGGGUCUGUUCCUCACUGGUCUCCACCUGGGCCUGCUGUGCUCCAUCACCGUGCUGUUGGCAGCUGGACAGUAUUACCCCGUCCUCAGUCCUGUGUGGGUACCUGCAGGAACAGUACUUGGCACUGGUGUAUUUUUUGCUGUACUGACACUCUGCUGGCAGAGAAGCAUGACCAUGGUGGCUACAGCAACUCUUGGUGCCGCCAUUGUCAUGACAUGUGUGGAUUACUGCAUGAAGACACCAAUGCUGGUGUGGAGAGCACAUGUGGGGCUGCAGAGGAACCAAGAAAAGGCGCUGUGCUGGUACAGCUGGCUGAUGUUGGGCAUCUGGAUUGUGGUAGCAGCUUUGGGAAACCUAGUGCAGCAUAAAUUCACUGCCAAAGGAAUGUCACACACUGAAGUGAUAGUGAGUGGAAAACAAAAGCAGCUCCAGCUGAUGAAGAUCAGACAGACAAAUACACGUCGACUUCCAGCCGGAAAAUAUCGCCGCAGACCUCCACCUCUCAAACGAUACGCAGGAGAUGUGCUCGCUCCGAGCUACUUGGCGAACCUGCGCGAGAGGCAGACGAGCACGGGCUCGUCUAUGAGCAGUCUGAGCACAGUCUACCACACCAUGAUCGACUUUGACUUUGAGACAGGAUCCAUGGUGCCUCUCACAACCUCCUCACCUGCAGUGAUCAGGGUGUGAAUGAACUCAGAAUCAUGCACAACCACCCAAACACCCCUUCACACACACACACACACUUGGAAAGAGGAUUUGACAGUGUUGAGUAGCAGCUGAGGUGAACAGACUAGACGAGUGCUUCAGAGAGUGUGUAUGUGUGUGCUGACAACUUGGACUCUGAUUUGACUAAUAACAAGUCUGUGGAGUCUACUGAAGAAUGAACACUGAAUCUUCUCAGGACUUCAGGGUGCAUAAACGCUUAAAGCCACAAAUACUCUAAAACUCUUACUCGUUACUUUAGCUCGUUACUUUAACACAACCCUAACUAAUUUGCAUUCAGCUUUGAAAGUCAGAUAUAUAACAAAUAUUUCUGACCUGUCCUGCUUGUCUGCUCCUGCUGUUAUUUUUGUUAGUAUCAACACACAGUAUUUUCUUAUGAAUUCAGUUGGUUCCGUUUCCCUAAAUUGUAAAGAUAUUAGUGAUUUUUGAGUUACGAUUGAAUGAGUGUAGUAAUCAUGUGAUGUACUGUAGUGCUGCAUAAAUACUAUACUGUCUCCAUUACUCUCUUCUGUUAAUGUACAUGGCCUUUCUUUCUUUAUAUCUGGCUGAUUCCACCUGCACGAAAGUUAAAACUAUCCACUUCCACAAGUUUUCAGUAGAGGGCAUGUCACAUCGCAGUCAUGAUAGGUGUUUUCACUGAUUUGUCUGUCUGCUGAUUUCAAGGUAAAUUUCUUUUUGCCAAUUUGGGUUUGUUCUUUUGUUUGGUUUCCAACUGAACUUAAUUAAACAAUAUUUUUAAUACUUUUAAUGCUGAGGGAGAUAUAGGGCUGAAUAUGGACGAAUGGAUGAACUAAACACUGCUUUAUGGUGAAAGCACUCUAAUUAUAACCGUAAAAGGACCUUAGUUUGCAUUCAAACCAAGCACACAUCAUAUCUCUCUCCUGAGCUAUGGAUAAGAGUCUUUAUGAACACAUUUAAUCUCUCUCUCUCUCUCUGUCCCUUCAGAACUAGUCAAAUUUAUAUACAUAUAUAUAUAUAUAUAUAUAUAUAUAUAUAUCAGCCGUCCUGCACGCUAUUAUUGUUUUCAGGUCAAAAUGCAUUUCCUCUUUCCUCAAAGAAGUUUUGUCUAUGAGCGUAGACAGGGAGUGUUUAAUCUUAUCCACAAAAGGGCGAUGUGAGUGCAGGCUUUCAUUCCGAUCGAGCAGGAACUACACCUGAUUUCACCUGAUUAAUUAGUAGCUCUUGCCUUUCUGUAGACUCAGGUGUGGAUUCUGUGUGAUUGGAAUGAAAGCCUGCACCUACACAUAACAGCCCUUUCCAGAACAGAUUGGACACAACUGGUCUAGACUACCUUAAGGAAAUAUCACAUGCAUACAUUAUCAUUAAACUCUAUAACACUUGUGAGAUUACAGUCACCAGUGGCCUUGUGUGGUCCUAAAAACAACUGAGCUUGAUUUUGUCUGUCAGUGACAAGCAAUUUGUGCUGGAAGUGAAAACAUUGAUAAACGUGGAAUUCAAAACAGGAUGUUCAGCUAUUCAUUUAAAACACAACAGGCCCUACACCUAAUGCUCCAAUGUUGAAAAUGUGUGCUUGGGUUAGUAGUAUUAGGCUCCUGAUAAAUGGUGUAUUUAUUAAACUCAGCAAAAUAGCCACAACAUUGAUAAAGAGUAUAUAUACACUGCAUAAUUUAAUAUAUUGUUAAUAUAUUCCUAAAAUAUGAUAUAUUUCAUUUUCUAAAUCAGAUAUUUUUCCCUCGUGAACAAGCCAGAGGCAAUGGUGACAAAGAGAAAUGACAUGACAUGAUAUUAGGAAGAAACAUGAAAGGAAAUCAGAGUCCAAAGGGAACCCAUUCUCAUCUGGGUGACACCGGACAGUGUGAUUAUAAACAAUUUCCUUUCUAUAACUGUACACUAUAUAGUUAAGUGCAAUUGUGUAACCAGAAGCUUUUGAGCAACUUAUGAAUAUGAGUGUCAGUGUCCUUUCUGAAUUCAUUACAGUUUUGAUAUAAA